AGGCCUUCAACCACCACCAUCACCACAACCACCACGACCGGGGCCUCCUUUCAUCCCGAGCUGUUCCCACUCUCACCACGCCGCGGAUUCCCCUCGCAAACCUCUCGAAGCCCCUAAAUGCCCACGACGCAUUCGCGUUGCCCGCUCGCUUCGAAGGUGUUAAUCGCUCGGCUUUUGCAUCCUCCCCGAACCGCACUCCACGACCGCCGGCCACCGCUCUUUCCUAGCCGCGCGGCCGCGCCGGGAGACGAGGAGGGCGGCAGGAGGCGCUAGGCAAGGCCGUGGUCGGCUCUCGGGCCUACCGCGUUGAUUGGUGGUGGUAGCGGUUUAACGAACCUCGUUGUGAUCGUUUUUGUUUCUUAAGAACAAAAAUAAAAAUAAACCAUCGAUAGAGUAAAACUGUUAGCGAUAGCAACGGCAGCGGUGGCGACUUAACGAUAAUAAUAACGAUAAUAAUAUCAGUCUGUUGUAUAAACACGACACGAUGGAAGGGGAAUUGGCUCACGUUGAUAAGAUGCAGACGAGCGAUGAAGAUAAACGGUUACUCAAGGCGGCCUUGAAAGAACCGGAGGCGGUGGACCUGCAGAAAGCCGCCGUGACGGUGGUCAACGUGGCGCUGAAGGACCCGGCAUUUUGCAAGCAGGCGGGCAAAAUCUGCCACGCCAUCAUGCAGGCGGAGAGUAAGGCUGGAGCCUCGGCCUUGUUCAGGCGCCACCUCCUCACGCAGCUGCAGACGGAGUUUGGGCGGCGCGAGGAGACGCGGAAGGACGACGUGCAGCGAUGGGUGCUUUUCGUCACCCUCAUGUGCAACCUCUUCGACCACGUCAAGGUGAACGGCGCCCCCAUGGUCGCGUUGGUGGGGCCCAUCCACGACUGCCUCACUCGCCUCGCCCAGCCCGACGCCGUGUGCAAUCCCCAAGAGAUCGACUGCCUGGCGCGCGAGCUGCAGCGCAUCGGCGAAGGCUUGGAAGAGGCGGCGGCGGUGGCGGUGGCGGCGGCCGGACCGGCGGGCGACUCACGCAUGGACGAGCUCUUCUGCGCCCUGCGCGACGCGUUCCUGCUGGGCCCCGACUUGCCGUCUCUGUCGCGCCUGCUGCUGCUGGAGCUCAUCGAGGUGCGAGCCGGCGGCUGGGAGCUGACGGACGCGGCGACGCGAUACUACUACAGCGAGCUGCCUGAGUAGCCCAGCGGCGACGACGAGGGAGGGACGGAGGAGCGGGAGGAGGUGGAGCAGCAGCUGUGACGGUGUUCUCCAGAGCCGGGAUAUGUUUCGACUUUUGGCGUCAUCUGGUCCAACAUCCAUGUGAGACUAGGCUUUAAGGAAAGCUGUCUCGGGUGUGGACCAAUCAACUUCAAGGACAGUGCGUACAUUAUCAGAGUUGUGUUUUUUUGUUUGUAUUACGACUGCAGGUAUUGUGGUCUAUGCAAACAUGACUCCUCGUAAAAAAAAGGUGUCAGUUUUGUUGCCAGAUAGAAGGGUAAAAAAUUAACCCGUAAAAACAAAGUUUUUCACUCUAAAUCCUUUAUAUGUGUGGCGGCUAGAGUCCUCUCGUCCUCUGGCUUAAGAUGGCUGCCACCUAUGGGUCAGAUGAUUGUCUGCCACCAUUAAGCAAUUGGUAAUUAAAUAUGUAAUUUUUUUCCCUAAACAGUGUCAAAUUUUGGAAAAAAAUUUUCACGAAAAUUAUUUGUCACGCACAACGAGUCUGUGCAAAAUGUCAGCUCGAUUGGAUCACGGGAAGUGGGUUAAAAAACGACCGAAAGAUUUGCACGGUCGUAAGCAAGCAAGCAAGCACGCAAGCACGCAAGCAAGCAAGCGAACUUAAUAUAAAGGAUUUAAAAAUACAGUCAUGUUUUGAGUGAUCCGUUGAAGAUGCCAUCGUAGCCGCUGCUGCACUCCCGCUCCAACGCCUUCUCCGCCUCCGCCAGAUCCACGCAGCCGCCGCUCAGGAGACACGCGACGAACUCGCAAGACCCGAGCCCGCGAUUGGCUACGGAAAGUUGCCAACCAGAUUGUACUCGGUGUGUUUCGGCGCGCGGUUCGUUGGUCCAUUGCGGCUGAACCGGUCAACUCGGCAACGCUGAGAGGAGUCGGGGUUUUUUUUUUUUUAUUGCGGGCGGCGGCCGAAACGUUUGAUUCCCACCAGCGCAGGGUUGUCAGCGGUGCCAGCUUCGGCUCUGUGAUCAGGAUUUUUAUUGCGUUUGAGAACCCAGUUUAAUCCCAGCUCGGUCUAUGCAAGUCUAUGGGUCUCUGUCUAAGUCUACAGGUCUCUAUGUGAGUCUGUGGGUCUCUAUGUGAGUCUGUGGGUCUCUAUGCGAGUCAUUGGUGACCAGGCUUUUACCAUCAACUCACUGAACCUGAGCACCCGCUUUGAUGGCAACUACGUCGAUAUCACGUAUGCUUGGUUCUUUCGGUAAAGUCACGUAGAAGGGAAAUAAUAAAAUAAUAAAAAUAAAACAUAAUAAAAUAAUUCUCACGACGUUUCGGCCACAACGCAAGCAGCCGUCCUCAGGUGAAAAAUAGGUCUGUCGAGAAGACAGCGUCUGAAUUAAACGUCGUGAGAAUUAUUUUAUGUUUUAUUUUUAUUAUUUUAUUAUUUCCCUUCAACGUGACUUUACCGAAAGAACCUAGAAGAGAGAAAUCCGUUUUGAUUGCAGGUGGCCUCAACCUGGAUCGAACCCAGGUUCUCAGGAGUGCCGGCUGAGCCAAACCCAGCCGCCUCUAAGAAUCACACUCCCCUUGGGGAGUACGAUUUCGUACGGAAUCGGCUUUGCGUGCAUUUACAAGUCGGCAAGUGUAGCUCUUGCCGAAUUCUAAGAUGCGGUGUGACAGUUAAGUUGCUUAUGAAUAUCUAUUUUUUUUAAGGGAACGUAGCGGCGGGUCGCGUCUUUUCACUUUCGUAGUUUGUUUUUUAAAUAAACGAGCGAGUUUUCGUCCGAAUCUU